UCGACUACAUUGCUGUCAUAAUGAAGCAGUGCACUAUAAACUGCCUCAAAUCCCUUCCAAGGUCAAUUAGAACAGAUUUUGUUAAGAACAGAAGUUGGGCAGGUAGGCAGCACUGCAGAAGUCUCCCCUGAACACAGCUCCACAUAAAGGCAUUCAGGCUUUUAAAAAGGUUGCAGGUGCAUGAGUGUACUGAGCUGAAAACAGUCUGGAAGUGUCACUUCAAAUGCCUUUGACUGAGAAGGCAAACAAAAAGAAAAUUAAGACACUGCUACAAAUGAGUCCCCCUGCAAUCCUACCAGAGUCCUAACAGCCGAGAUUCUGCUGUCAAGAGAAAAGUGAGGAGGAAAGCAACAUGGUGGCAUAAAGAAGCAACAUAACAAAGAGCUGUUACAACACAAGGAAGAUCUCAAUCAAAAAGGCAAAGUCUGGGAGAUCAGUAUGCUGGAUCACGAACUUCAGAAAUGCAAGCAAUAUCCUAGAGCUGCAAGGCAAGGUUUUAUUAUACAGAAAUCACUAGCAAGCCAGGUCAGUUUAGAACCUGUCCGACUGCUAGGAAAAGGGAAACUACGACCUUGAUUUUAAAAGCUAGUAUUCACCCUGCCUUGACUUGUCUUACAAGAGUAUAUAGAAGAAAGAAGCCAGAAUGAGGGACAAUGGUGGUAAAGAGGCUUCAAAAAAAAAAAAAGCUAAGAACUUACAUACACACUGGAGUUAGUGAUAAUCAUUUAAUUUUCAUUAGACUGGAAACAGGAAGGAUUAGACACACUGAAUGCAUGAUAAAAGACUGGUCAACAUGCCAAAAGAGGUUAGAAAAGUAGUAUCUGAUAGUUCCUGCCUUUCCAGUCAAGGGCUAUCAGCUGGGAAACGGAGGGAGAAGGAACAUCCCAAAGCUACAACAGUUUCACAAGUCAGGAACCAGGUAAAGCAAAACCAGACAAACAGCAUAACAAAGGUUAAGAGAUUACAUUAGACAAAUCUGGAUUAGAAACACAGUAUGUGUUUAGCAGUGGAGACAAGUAUUCUCCAACAAACAAUGCAGAAUUUUUCUUUUCAAGUCAAAGUUUAAUGUCUUUCCUAAAACAUACGCUGUUUGAAACUGGGACACCAAGGACCAUACCGGGCAGGGGAUUGAAUGAGAUGGUUCAGAAUGGUACAUUACAACUUCAUUAAUUUAUCACUAACAAGGAAAGAAAGUAUUUGUAUUUUUUACUAUGAUGGGCAAGGAAAGAAGUAGACAAAAGGCAGUAAUUCUUUUUAAGUUCAAAGUCACAUCUAUUCUCAAAUUGACUGCUUUUAAGAAUACAGAGGGCUGAUCCUCCAUCCCGAGUAAACUAUUUCUCACUGGGUAGUUGUUCUUUCGCCUCUUAUUCUAAACCAACUGCCUUGCUCUCAGAGUCUAUUUGCAAUUUCUUACCCAUUUUUCCCACCCAAAGAAGCUGAGACUUGUGGCUCUUAAAGCCAUCAAUAGCUUUUGCCAAAAAAAUAGGUUUCGAACUCAAGCUUACACUUUCAGUGCUAUCACUGCCAACAAAUUAGUUACCUAAUAUUUCAAACAGUCCUUGACAAGAAAAAGAUCAGAGACCUAUAUCAAAUGAGACCAGAGCAGUAACCUGGUUAACCUCAGCAGGCUGGGAGUCUCAAGGAGCAGACAGGACUGUCGUGAAAUGGGCUGCUGGGGGCUACUGGCUGUUAUCUUUCUCAAGUACCUUUGCAACCUGUCAGUAAAAGAUCCUCCCCCAUAGAAAAGAUCCCAAACAACCUGACAGUGAACACUGACUAAAAUUUUUCAGAGCUUUAAGUCAACAUUAAGUGAUUAAUCACCACCCUAGAAAACUCCUUAAUCAACUGAAUUGAGACCCUGCAAUGCUGAUAGCAUUUUGCUCUGAGUAGAGUCUGUGGCACUCAAGCACACUACCUUGGCAUUGAUGGGUGGAAGAUGUAGAGUGUAGCCAAGAAAAAUGUAACACAUUAAGAACGAUUUUCCUUUUUCUCUUAAUGUAACACUGUAGAAAAGGCUUCUGUCAUGAAUCAGUCAGUAUCAAAUUCAUUCUCACAACAUACAUUUGUUUUGUAAACCCAAUUUGGAGGCUACGAAGCAGAUGCUGCCCUCAGAGAACCAUGAGCAUUUAGACAAACGUGCUAGUUUUGUGGGGUUUUUUGUUUUUUUUUUUUUUUUUUAGUUUUUUUUUUAGUUUUUUUUUUUUUUUUUUUCAAGCAUGCAUGAUGUUUACACCCAGAGACAUUUUGUUCUGUAAAGUGUUCUCUUGUAUUCCAACAAGGGAGUACUUCUUGUGAGUACUGCUUAGACUCAGAUGAUAAAACCAAGGCCUUGUCCACAGCCCAUUUUGAGCAUGGUCCCCAUCAUCCUUCCCAUUCAGAGAUGCCCGUUUUCCAGCUCCUUCAAUGCAUCCAGAAGGGCUCUUCUAAAUCCUAGCAUAAGGACUCUGCUCUACAGACAAGUCACUAAUCAUCUGGUUCCUGAAGCAUUUAAAAUAGCAUUCAGGUUAUUAUAAAUUCCGUAACAGUUCAGCAAGACUGAAAACUGCCAUUUGGAGAGCUAUAUAGCAGACCAAAGAACAAACUCAGAUGAGGAUGUGGGGUCGUGCUAUAAACCAAAGGGACUAUGAUCAGAAUCCCCCAAGAGAAGUAGACUGGUACUAUUGACCAGGAGAAUCUCAGUAAACCUACUGUAUUCUUUGUCACAGGGAGCCGUUUCAAAAUAUUCCUAAGAGAUGUGAAUUGGGAAAUAAAAAUGAUGGGAAAAACAACAAAUUCCACUGAGGCCAUCAUCUAACUCUACCUCCUUUGACUACAGCACGGAUAGAAGAAAUAGCUGGAUGGUUUUAAGAACCUACAGAAGGAAAGAAAAAUAAAAAUUUAGCUAAAUAUUCACUGUGAUGUCAAUUCUCAUACUUCAGUAUUCAUUAAGCACAAGCAAAAGCUAAAGAGAAUUUUCUGCAAUUACUAAAACUUGGUAUCAAGUAAACAGUCAUGAAAACUGCUGCCUUGCAGGAUCAAAGAUGACAAGAAAGAUUUUUUUACUUUUCAUAAAUUCAUUCUGAAGUUCAGGAUCCUUAUAUCUAAUGUGUUUCAAGGUAAAACUAAGACAGCACGGGGGGGGGGUAGGCAGGGGGAAUCCAAUUCCUCUAGCCUGAUUGUACACACAUAUGACACACUGAAACUGUCAUAAUUCAGAGAAAGGUCAAAAGUGACGAGAAAGCAGCAAAAUUGACUAAAUGCACCAUGUAUGCGUACGAUUUGCAGAACUUACAUUUAUUUUUAAAAUCCUCUGUUGUUCUACAAAUAAGCUUCCCCACGACCUUCUUUAAGUAGGUUGUGCAUGUUACAAAGUCUCUAUUUUCCAUGAACCCGUAUUUAAGUUUUAUCUGUUCCAGGUGAACUUUGAACAUCCAGUAUUUAUAAAAUUUAUGGAUUUGAGUACCCAGUGUCUUUUCAGAAGACACUCAGCAUCUCUGACAAGUUUGGCAAGUUUUGAGGUUUAAAAGUAAACAAAGGAACCUAACAUGUCAAAUACCUACAAAUAUCCACUUUGCUUCCCACAUUUACAAUUCUUCCUUCACCCCCUAAUCCCCAUACACUUGCUGCCCUAUUUUCUUAUUUGGUCACUAAUAAAAAAUACAUUGCUUAGGCAGACUAGACUUCAAAUUAUGUCACAGUAUAUUUUCAGUACCGGUCUCCUCCUGCUCUCUUUUUACCCACUCCUUACAUAAACAGCAUCAGACUCCUUGAAUACUCUAAUUCCACUUAACUGGACAUGGUAGAUGCAGAUAGUAAUUUCCUGAGCUACAAAAGUGCGAAAAGGGCUACUAGGUAAACUACAGCAUUUCCCUAAAAUGCAUAAACAUGUUAAAAGAAAUAAUACAAUAAAUGUUUCCAUAGUACUACUGUUAAUAGUAUUCGUAACAGUAUCAGUAAACUAUUGUACUCUGCUAAAAAGUUAGAGAAACUGAUAUAAUCAGACAAAAUCCAGUUUCUUUUCAGACACAGUAUGCCUAAUCUCAUCCCACUCACCCCUAAAGAAUUACAGCACGCAACUCAAAUGUAAAUUUAGGAAGGUAAAGUAUGAAAGUUAUAUUUAAACAACUAAGCAGGGGAAAUUUCAGAAGUAGUCCAAUUUUUAAACCUAAUCUUUUUUAGCAAAGUAUUACCACAAACAGUGGUAAAUUCCUCUCCAGGCUCCUGACUUAAUCUUCUCUGGAUUGCAAUGUAUAAGCCCUCCUUUGUUGGCUGCAGUAUUUCAACCCCUGCUGAUGUGUCAAAAACUGUGAACAUUAGGCAAAAUACAAAAUAUGCUACACUGUAUCACAUUUUUUCCUUUUCUCUCUUUUCUAGAAGAUGACAACAGAUAUGACAGAGUGCAAUAACACCAAAUCCAGUGCUCCCCUCCUGACCCAAAGAUACCCGAGGAUGGUGACCAAGGAUGGACACAGCACGCUCCAGAUGGAUGGUGCCCAAGGAAAAGGUCUGGCAUACCUCCGAGACGCAUGGGGAAUAUUAAUGGACAUGCGCUGGAGAUGGAUGAUGCUUGUCUUUUCUGCUUCUUUUGUCAUUCACUGGCUAGUCUUUGCAGUGCUUUGGUAUUUGCUGGCUGAGAUGAAUGGGGACCUGGAGCUGGACCAUGAUGCUCCACCUGACAACCAUACUAUAUGUGUCAAGUACAUCACCAGUUUUACAGCUGCUUUCUCCUUCUCACUGGAGACUCAACUCACAAUUGGCUACGGCACUAUGUUCCCAAGCGGGGACUGUCCCAGUGCAAUUGCACUGCUUGCAAUACAGAUGGUCCUGGGACUCAUGCUGGAAGCCUUCAUCACAGGUGCUUUCGUGGCAAAGAUCGCCCGACCAAAGAACCGGGCAUUCUCCAUCCGCUUCACCCGCUCUGCCGUGGUGACACACACCGAGGGGAAGCCGUACCUGAAGUUCCAGGUGGCCAACACACGCUCCAGCCCACUGACUAGCGUCCAGAUUUCUGCUAUACUCUACCAAGAACAAGAGAAUGGGCUGCUGCACCAAACUAGCGUGGACUUCCACCUAGACAGCGUUACUCCCAAUGAGUGUCCUUUUUUCAUCUUUCCACUGACCUAUUACCACCUAAUCACUCCAUCCAGCCCUCUGGCUGCUCUCCUCCAGAGAGAAGCUGCUCAGCAUUUUGAGCUGGUCGUCUUUCUAUCAGCUGUGCAGGAGGGCACAGGAGAAACAUGUCAAAGGAGAACAUCCUACCUCCCCUCAGAGAUCAUGCCGUACCAUCGCUUCGCCGCCGUGCUAGCCCGCAACGCCAAAGGUGAGUAUCAGAUCAAGAUGGAGAAUUUUGACAAGACUAUUCCUGAGCUCCCAGCUGCGGCUGACUCAAAGAGUCCAAAAAGGACUGACAAGGAGAUCCGCAUCAACGGACAGCACGCUGACAGCUUCCAGCUCUCCGAGACUGGCCUCUCAGAAUAGAGAGAGCAACAGACUCUGAACUUUGUGCUUUUUUAAUUAUUAUGUUAAACUUUCAGGUUCCAUCCCUAACCUUCCUUCCUUGCCUGCCCUGCCAUCUUCUAGUGACCUUGUAAUCCCAUCCUUUUGAUUACAACAUGAUACACAGAGUAAAAAGAACCGGUGUGCCCAUAUAAACUGAGAGGCUGGAUUAACCACCCAGGACAGUCAGGUACAAGAACCACAGUACUAAUUCUUGGAAAUUAAAAGAGCUACCUGCUGAACUCACCAGACUAUGAUUAAAGCCGCACUGACCCUGAAAUGAGAGACCUUCAACACUCCCAAAACUGACCUAAAUCAUAAUUAACCAGCUCGUGACAAAACGGACAAUACAAAAGAAAAAUCUCGGUCAAAACCAAUAUGGGGCAUCCAGUAAAUAUAUUACUUCUGGGAUAAGCAACUCUGUUCUUGCAAGAUCUAACUUUUCUGUUCUCUUCGCUCUUUGGGGAUACAGAGUUACAUCAGUUGUCAGACAGCUAAAUCCACUGUUAGAAAGUACUGCCAAUCUCUCAUGGCAGUGAAAAGCACUCCUACUGUGCUUAAUGAACAGAAUUGUAAAUACUAACUGUAGUUCAUUCUGCCAAAUAAGAGAACAUCUCCUUUCCAGACAGGUCUAUGAAGACACUAUCAAAAAAUCUUGAUGUAUAUGAAAAAUACUGCAGUGGAAAAUUUUUCAUAUUUGGAAACACUGAAUAAAUUCUUUAGCAAUGGAAAACAGAUAUUCUAAAUUACUUUUUUUUAAAAGAGCCAUACAUUCCACAUGUUCUCACCUUUGCGCUGCUUGCCUCAAGUAGAUCUGACCCAGAAGGAUGCACUAUAUAAAUGAACUGCAUCCAUUUAUAUUUUAUGCUUUUUAACAUCAAUAUUUGCCUGUAUACACAGCACAAAAAUAUUUAGAGACACCUGAAUCAAUUUUAAAAUAAAAAAUUAAAACAAACCAUACCUGAGACUUCUGUAUUUAAGUGCC